GGUUCCGAAUCGAGCGUGCAGUGUGGCUCCAGAGUGCCGCGGUGGAGCGUCGGGAUGCCUCCUUCUGCCGCCGAGACGCUGAGAGCCUGGCUGCUGUCGGCCUUGGUAGUGCACGGUGCUGUGGCUGGAAAUCCUGAUGCGAAGCGUCUCUACGAUGACCUGCUUUCCAACUACAACAAGUUAGUGCGGCCUGUGGUCAACACCUCUGACGUCUUGCGAGUUUGUAUCAAACUCAAACUUUCACAACUCAUCGACGUGAACUUAAAGAAUCAAAUAAUGACAACAAAUUUGUGGGUCGAGCAAUCGUGGUACGACUACAAAUUAAGGUGGGAGCCGAAAGAAUAUGGGGGGGUGCACAUGCUCCACGUUCCUUCGGAUCAUAUUUGGAGGCCGGACAUCGUCCUUUACAAUAACGCCGACGGCAACUAUGAGGUCACAUUGAUGACCAAAGCCACCGUCUACUACAACGGCCUCGUGGUGUGGCAGCCGCCCGCGGUUUACAAGUCCUCGUGCGCUAUAGACGUAGAAUUCUUUCCGUACGACGUCCAAACAUGCGUUUUGAAGUUAGGAAGUUGGACGUACGAUGGGUUUAAGGUGGACCUGCGACACAUGGACGAGAAGGCUGGGAGCAACGUCGUGGAUGUUGGCGUUGACCUUUCUGAAUUUUACAUGUCCGUUGAAUGGGACAUUUUAGAAGUACCUGCCGUCAGAAACGAAAAAUUCUACACGUGCUGUGAUGAGCCAUAUCUCGAUAUAACUUUCAAUAUAACGAUGCGAAGAAAGACUUUGUUUUAUACCGUAAACAUCAUCAUCCCCUGCAUGGGCAUUUCGUUCCUCACCGUGCUGACCUUCUACCUUCCAUCAGACAGCGGAGAGAAGGUUACGCUGUCAAUUUCGAUUCUAAUUAGUCUCCACGUGUUCUUUCUUCUCGUCGUUGAAAUUAUUCCGCCGACUUCACUCGUCGUCCCGCUUUUAGGAAAAUAUCUCAUCUUUGCCAUGAUUCUUGUCUCCAUCAGCAUAUGUGUCACCGUCGUGGUCCUGAACGUCCAUUUCCGGUCACCUCAGACCCACAAAAUGUCUCCAUGGGUCAAGCGAGUCUUUAUCCACAUUCUGCCGCGACUACUAGUCAUGAAAAGACCCCAAUACGUAUUUGAAACAAAUAGGUUUAUGUCUAGUCGUUUCCUGAUGCGAGGCCGGGAACCGUCGACAUGUCUUUAUCCUUAUCACACAACGGUACAGAGAGAUGACUGCAGCCCCAAGAGGAGAUAUCCAACCAGAACCCCAUCCAAGGAAGAUUUAUCUCCUAGCUUAGAAGACGGCGGCCCUUUCGGCGGCAGCUGUCAAAUCCACGGUCCCGUGGCCAUCCCGCACUCGGAAUCGGAGGAUCUCACCGUAUCAGCGGAGGCCGAUAAUGGAAUCAAGAGCCCAGUGCUGCGAAAUCCGGGAUUUUCGCAUUCGCGUUGUCCUCCCGAAAUUCACAAAUCGUGCUUCUGCGUACGAUUUAUCGCAGAGCAUACGAAGAUGUUGGAGGACUCGACUAAGGUGAAGGAAGACUGGAAGUACGUGGCGAUGGUGCUGGACCGUUUGUUUCUGUGGAUAUUUACCUUGGCCGUGCUGGUGGGAACGGCCGGGAUAAUCCUUCAAGCUCCUACGUUAUACGACGAUCGCAUCCCAAUCGACAAAAAGUUCGAGGAGUAUACCACCACUACGGUUGUUCGUUGCCCUCCUCCACAGUAGUUGCUCACGUUAUUGCCUAUAUCAUUCCAUAAAUAUCGAAUAUCAUCGUUGUUGUGUAAAUAAAACUCAUCAAAAUAAUUUUAUAAUGCAGUUGGAGCACAACGACGUUCUGUUUACUUGAGCGCAUAGUUUUUGGGUAAACAGAAAUUACGCAAUGUGUGACUGUUAAAAAUUCAUCUCGUCCUACAAAUUCGUCGACUGCAAAACGACAGGAAAAAAGCUUAUGAAUUUUGUAUUCAAUUGAAAGCUACCUGAAUUGUAAAUAAGCAUCAAUAAUUAUAUAUUUUACACAGCUCGGUACGUUUUCUAUUUAUAAAAAGAUUUUACGGAGACUAUAGGUUGGUUUUUUGUAUGUUUUUAAACACGUAGUGCCAUUAUCGAAUUUAAUUACGGUUCGGAAGAUUUUAAAUAAAAUGAUGUUUAAAUAGCACACAAUUAAACAAAAUGAAAUGUAUCUAAAUAAUAGACAAACGUAAAACUAGACAUUUAAAUGAAUAAAUAAAUAUUAGACUAGAUAGAAGAAAUUGAGUAAAUAUUUAGAUCAAUAGACUGCCUAUUGACAUAAUGGGAACAUAAUUUGUACAUAUAAUGUAUGUUAGAUUGGUCAGCCCUAUCGUUAAAUUGUGUUGUACCAUAGUUUAAAAUUGUUAUACGUUGUUGCUUGGUUUUAUAAAUAUCCAUGCUUAAUAAAGUAUUUCGAACACAA